AUGCCACAAAUUGUGGAAAAUAGUGAAAUAGAUGGCGAUUCCAAUGUGGAGUCAAUUAAAACAGGAAGUGACACAAAUUCGGAAAAUAAACGACGACGAAGUGGAAAUUUGAAUUCCUCAAAUGAGGAAAACAGUCCGAGGGAAUAUUAUCCGUGGGUGUUACAAACGUAUGGCGAUGCAGCAAAAACGAAAACUAUUACAAUUAAAAAACUCAAUCGGAUCAUCAAUGCACUCAACGGAAAGGAAUCAAAUCGUCCCGAUAGCUCAAAGUUCCGAUUUUGGGUCAAAACAAAGGGUUUCACAACAACAAGACCGGAAAAUUUUGUGAAUGCCACAUUCGAUAAGGACAAUUUGUCCAAAGCUGAAGUAACUCCUUUGUACGUGUUGCAAGUUGCAGUAAUGAAUUAAUUCCGAAUUUCUCUCGUUAAAUAGGACAGCGGCACCCAAACGUACAAACAAGUGGCCGUCGUCGAGCACUUUUUCGAUAUAAUUUAUCACAUUCACGUGGCGUUGGGAUCUAAACGGUGUGGGCGUCAUGCUGGACAAAAACGUACUUAUCGAACUAUUACCGAGACGUAUGCUUUUUUACCGAGGGAGGCAGUGAGUAAAUUUUUAUCGCUAUGCACACAAUGCAAGAAACAACAAAUUAACGAGAGCGGUGCCGGCCAGAAGCACGUCACCAUGGCAAAUGCAUCAAAUUAUUACGAUAAUCGUUAUUUAACAAGUAAUUUAUCGGACACGACUCUCCCGAUGAAACAUGAAAGGAAUAUUGGAUUAGAUUACAACAUCAAAAGUGAUUGGGAAUCGGAGGAAAAACGUAAUUUGGCUUUUGUCGGGAACUUAUCUGCCGGUGACAUCAACAAUCAACCUAAUCGAACAUUAUUUAAGCCCUAUGAGAAUAACAACAACAACAAAUAUGGAGACACCUCUGCCAAAAGUGCACCUUUAAAUAUCACCGAAACACUGAGUUACUACCAACUAUUGACGCUCUUUUACCAUAAUUUUAAUUUGACGUCUUCAGCAAAUGCAGCAACUUUACAAAAACAGGAUUACAUAAAGAAUUUUUCCGAUAAAUUACCGAAAAUAACAAAUCAGUUGAAUAAUUAUGAGAUUAAAGACUCUUCAGUGACACCAUCGACGAUAUCAGAGACACCAAUAAAGUACAAUGAGCUAAAAGUUCCGAAUCUUUGGAGUGGUUCGCCCAAUAAAAAAGAAAGAAAUUUCGCGCAACUGCCAGUUACCAGCACUCCUGAGACCAAAUUUUCCGGAAGUAAUACAAAAUCCAAGGAAGAUGAAGGUGAAGCGAUUAAACAAAUGACAUCGACGUACCUGAGUAUGACUCGAAGUAUGGGUCUGGAAGAUGACGACGCCCUUAAUUUGAUACCAUAA